UAGCUCCCUGAAACAAAACACACACACACAAGGAACAAUCAUCCAAAAUGGCGUACAACUACAUCAUCUCCAGCUUCUUGUUGGCAACGCAAUUGCUCAUGUUAGUCACCAAAACUGAGUCAAAAGUACCGGCAGUUAUAGUGUUCGGAGAUUCCUCUGUUGAUGCUGGGAACAACAAUUUCAUUCCCACGGUUGCCAGAAGCAAUUUCGCGCCUUAUGGUCGUGACUUUGCCGGUGGCCGCCCCACCGGUCGGUUCUCCAACGGUCGAAUUGCUACUGAUUUUAUUUCUCAGGCUAUGGGGCUCAACCCAACCAUACCUGCCUACUUGGAUCCUGCUUAUAAUAUAUCUGCUUUCGCUGUUGGUGUCACUUUUGCUUCUGCUGCUACUGGGUAUGACAAUGCCACAGCUGAUGUUCUGUCUGUGAUACCACUCUGGAAGCAACUGGAGUAUUACAAGGAUUACCAGAACAGACUAAAAGCAUAUAUGGGAGAAAUCAAAGGUAACCAAAUAAUAAGCGAGGCCUUGUACAUGACAAGCCUUGGAACCAAUGAUUUCAUGGAGAACUACUACUCAAUGCCAGGAAGACCGAGUCAAUAUACUCCUGGACAAUACGAGGAUUUCCUUGUCGGAAUUGCCAGAAACUUUGUUAAGGAACUCUAUGGUCUCGGGGCUCGAAAGAUAUCGCUCGGCGGGAUUCCUCCGAUGGGUUGUAUGCCAUUAGAGAGAACCACAAACAUUGCAGCUUCUUAUGAUUGUGUGGAGAGAUACAACAUUAUUGCUCUUGAAUUCAAUGACAAGUUGAAGAAUAUGACUGUGGAGUUGAAUAAGGAACUUCCUGGGAUCAAGCUGGUUUUCUCAAAUCCUUAUUUUGUUCUUAUGAAUAUCAUAAAUAGACCUUCACUUUAUGGGUUUCAAGUGACCGGAGCAGGGUGUUGCGCAACAGGGAUGUUCGAGAUGGGUUACGCUUGUGGUCGAACACGUAUGUUCACCUGCACUGAUGCCAACAAGUAUGUGUUUUGGGAUGCAUUCCAUCCGACAGAGAGAACAAACCUUAUCGUUGCAGAUUACAUGGUAAAGAAUGUUCUCGCGGAAUUUAAAUGAUUGAUAUGUACCUGAACAUGUGUCCCUGUUUUCACAAAACAGAGAGAGAGAUACAGUUGUAGUAUAUAUAUAUAUAUAUAUAUAUAUAUAAAUAAAUCAUGUGUGGUGAUGAAUAUUAAGGGAGUUUAAUGUAAUGGUUGAAGCAUCUUUUUAGCCAUUCUAUUUUGUUGUGCUUCGCUAGAAUGAUCACAAGAGAAUGCGACCAAUAUGAAAUAUUGGGAAACGUGAUUAACUUUGUCUCUACUCUGUUUUUCAGCUGAGA